AUGAUGGAAAGUAUGAAAGGAAAUGGAGAAUGCGCCGUCGCUGUUGAACAACCAGUAGCUGUUGCUGAGACUACAGAAGUUAUGGAACUAACGGCGCAAGAGUGGCUCAGAGGAGCUUCUUUUAAAGAAAUUCUUGGGUCUGACGCCAGUCAUAAGUCUCUUUUUGUUUUGCUUGAAAAUAGCAAUGGAGAGAAAGGAGUGCUUCUGAUGAACAAAUCUGCUUUUUCUGAGAAGGCUGAAGAUAUUAUUGCUAUUGUAAAGUCGGCACAAUUGAAGGAGAUUAUGAAAAAUGACAUUUAUGGCAACUACGACAUCGCUUUACCUUCCGAUCUCAACUUGGUGAAGUCGCAGCUGAUAUAUCCUGCUAAUGACAAAGUUGUCGCCAAAUAUCGUCAAGAGGAGAAGUUUGUUAUUCGUGAGACCGCUGAGGAUUACCGUACUAUUACUGUGGAAUACAUUGAGAAGUAUCAAAUGGAUCUCAAUUGGGUCUACAACGUUUUAUCGAAGAAUAAGGAAGCAGAUAGAAUUAUCUACGAAGACCCAGAUCCACAUAAUGGCUUUAUUUUGGCCCCAGACAUCAAGUGGGAUGGUGUAUCAAUGGAAAAUCUUUAUGUACUGGCAAUGAUUCAUCGAAAAGGAGUUCGUUCAAUACGGGAUUUGACCGCAAACGAUCUCCCAAUGCUCGAAAACAUUCGGGACCGUUCCUUAUCCACAAUUCGAGAAAAAUAUGGAGUACGCCCGGAUCAAAUUCGGGCGUACUUCCACUAUCAGCCUUCGUUCUUUCACUUACACGUGCAUUUUGUGAGUCUAAAAUACGAUGCCCCGGCCAGCACAACAUUGAGUGCUGUACUACUCGAUGAUGUUAUUAACAAUAUCCAGCUCGUCCCUGAUUAUUACCAGAAAGCAACCCUGACGUUUACUAGGAAAGCUUCAGAUAAACUCUUAGAGAUGUUUAGGGAAGCUGGU